AUGGGUGCGCAAGAGUUGCGAUACGAUGGCCAGACCGUUGUAGUGACUGGUGCUGGUGGCGGCCUUGGUCGCGAGUAUGCCAUCUUCUUCGCCAGCCGCGGUGCGAACGUCGUCGUGAAUGACCUCGGUAGUAGCUUCAAGGGCGAGGGAGGUAGCUCAUCGGCUGCAGACAAAGUUGUUGAAGAGAUCAAGUCCGCCGGCGGCAACGCAGUCGCCAACUACGACUCAGUCGAGAAUGGAGAAAAUAUCAUCAAGACUGCGAUCGACGCUUUCGGGCGCAUUGAUGUCCUCAUCAACAACGCCGGUAUCCUACGAGAUGUCAGCUUCAAGAACAUGAAGCAGGCAGACUGGGAGCUUAUCUACAAGGUUCACGUCCUCGGUGCAUACAAGUGUGCAAGAGCUGCAUGGCCACAUUUCAGAAAACAGAAGUAUGGCAGGCUUAUUAGCACCGCCUCGGCUGCUGGUCUGUUUGGCUCUUUCGGUCAGACCAACUAUUCAGCUGCCAAACUUGCUCUGGUCGGUUUCACCGAGACCCUCGCAAAAGAGGGCUUCAAGUACAACAUCCUUUGCAACGUCAUCGCCCCAAUCGCAGCCAGUCGAAUGACCGAGACUGUCAUGCCUCCCGAUGUCCUCGAGAAGCUGAAGCCAGAGUGGAUCGUCCCUCUCGUUGCCGUUCUGACACACAAGUCGAACACCAAGACCGGUGGGAUAUUCGAAGCUGGUGGAGGCCACAUCGCUGAGCUGAGAUGGGAGCGAGCCAACGGUGUUCACUUGAAGGCAGAUGAGACCCUUACACCAGGCGCUGUGGCUACCAAGUGGAAGGAUGUCGUCGACUUCUCCAAGCCAGACCACCCACAGGGCCCUGCCAAUGCUCUCGAACUUCUCGAGGAGGCUGGCAAGCUUCCUGCUAACCCCAAGGGCGAGGAGCUCGACUUCACCGGCAAGGUUGCAAUUGUCACUGGUGGCGGUGCUGGUCUUGGCCGCAUCUACGCUCUUCAACUGGCUAAGCGUGGUGCCAAGGUCGUUAUCAACGAUCUUGUGAACCCUGAUGAUGUCGUCCAGGAGAUCCAGAAGCUUGGCGGUGAGGCCGUUGGUAACAAGGCUGAUGUGCAGGAUGGCGAGGCUGUUGUCAAGACGGCUAUCGACACCUGGGGUCGUGUUGAUAUCGUCAUUAACAACGCUGGUAUCCUUCGCGACAAGGCUUUCGCCAACAUGACCGACGACCAGUGGGAUAUUAUUCACAAAGUUCAUCUGUUCGGCACAUACUCGGUUUCUAAGGCCGCCUGGCCUUAUAUGCUGAAGCAGAAGUAUGGUCGUAUCCUGAACACUACUUCUACCAGCGGUAUUUACGGAAACUUUGGUCAAGCCAACUAUGCCUCGGCCAAGUGCGGUAUCCUUGGGUUCUCCAAGUCUCUUGCACUUGAAGGCAAGAAGCACAACAUCUUCGUCAACACGGUUGCUCCCAACGCUGGCACACAGAUGACUCGCUCGAUCAUGCCCGAGGAGGUUGUUCAAGCUCUCAAGCCCGACUACAACGCACCUCUCGUCAUCCUUCUCGUUUCCGACAAGGCACCAGUGCCAACUGGUGGUCUCUAUGAGAUGGGUUCUGGCUGGUUUGCCGCUACCAGGUGGCAGCGAACUGGCGGCCACGGCUUCCCUGUCGAUGUUAAGCUUACUCCCGAAGCUGUUCUCCAGCAGUGGGAGCGUAUUACCAACUUCGAUGACGGUCGUGCCGAUAACCCGCACGACAACGCCAGCGGUCUCAAGUCGAUCAUGGCCAACAUGGAGAAUACUAGCAAGAAGAGCAAGAAGGAAAAGAAGCCAUCGAAGAGCAACGAGGAGAUCCUCAAGGCCCAGCAGAAAGCUCUUGCCACCAAGUCAGAGGGCACACCUUUCGAGUACACCGAGAGGGAUGUCAUCCUUUACAACUUGGGCAUUGGAGCCAAGCGUACCGAUCUCCCCUUCGUCUACGAAGGCGACGAGAACUUCCAAGUCAUUCCGACAUUCGGUGUGGUCCCUCCCUUCAACGCCGAGCCUCCUUUCUCUUUUGAUGAAAUCGUCCCCAACUUCGACCCGCGCAUGCUCCUGCACGGUGAGCAGUUCCUCGAAAUCCGCAAGUUCCCCAUCCCUACAGAAGCCAAGCUCAUCGCUGUGCCAAAACUCGUCGAGGUGGUCGACAAGGGCGCCGCUGGGCUUGUUGUCUACGGCUCCGUAACCAAGGAUGCGAACACUGGCGAGGAGAUCUUCUAUAACGAGAGCACAGUCUUCAUCCGCGGAAGUGGCAACUUUGGCGGCCAGAAGAAGGGUGGUGACAGGGGUGCCGCAACCAAGGCGUACAAGCCACCUCAGCGCGCACCUGACGUCGUUGUUGAGGAGAAGACGACUGAGGAGCAGGCUGCCAUCUACCGUCUCUCAGGUGAUCUCAACCCUCUGCACAUCGACCCGCAGUUCAGCAAGGUUGGUGGCUUUGAGACACCGAUUCUGCACGGUCUGUGCUCGUUCGGUAUCUCGGGUAAGCACGUCUUGCAGAAGUUUGGGCCGUUCAAGAACAUCAAGGUUCGCUUCGCUGGUGUCGUACUGCCAGGACAGACUCUCAUUACUGAGAUGUGGAAGACCGGCAACACAGUAGCCUUCCAGACCAAGGUCAAGGAGACCGGCAAGCUUGCUAUCUCUGGAGCUGGUGCUGAGUUGCUUGGCGGAGGAAGCAAGUUGUAG